AUGGCCACACAGGAACGCAGGCUUCCCUUUGGGAAGAUCGAGCCCAACUCGGGCAAGUACUUCGUCAGCUGUGCCCUCGGCGGCAUUAUCGGACCAACUCACACCGCCGUGACACCUCUCGACCUGGUCAAGUGCCGUCGUCAAGUCGAUCCCAAGAUCUACACAUCCAACAUCUCCGCAUGGCGUUCCAUCUUCGCCAAAGAAGGCCUCCGCGGCGUCUUCUUCGGCUGGUCGCCCACCUUCCUGGGCUACUCCUUCCAAGGUGCCGGAAAGUACGGUCUCUACGAGUACUUCAAGCAUAUGUACGGCGACACACUAUUCCCCCAGUCUAACCGCACCCUGGUCUUCCUGGGCGCAUCCGCAUCAGCCGAGUUCUUCGCCGAUAUGGCACUCUGCCCGUUCGAGGCGAUCAAGGUCCGCAUGCAGACCUCCCUGCCACCCUACGCGAAUAACCUGCGCGAGGGCUGGAGCCGUGUUGUCACGAAAGAGGGGAUGGCGGGUCUUUAUCGGGGAUUGUAUCCGCUGUGGGCGCGGCAGAUCCCUUAUACCAUGACCAAGUUUGCGACCUUUGAGGAGACGGUUAAUCAGAUCUAUCGGACUUUGGGGAAGCCCAAGGAGAGUUAUAGCCAGUUGGCGCAGACUGGGGUGAGUUUCUUGGGUGGAUACAUUGCUGGUAUCUUCUGUGCGAUUGUCAGUCAUCCAGCCGAUGUGAUGGUCAGCAAGCUGAAUGCCGAUCGAAAGCCUGGCGAGGGUGCCAUGAAGGCCGUCUCUCGAAUCUAUGGCAACAUUGGCUUCCCUGGCCUGUGGAAUGGCUUGCCCGUGCGUAUCGUCAUGCUGGGUACUCUGACUGGCUUCCAGUGGUUGAUUUAUGACUCGUUCAAGGUCUUCCUGGGUCUCCCCACCACCGGUGGACAUUAG